AUGUCCUCUCCGCUAGAGUCUCUUCCAGUGGAGCUUCUCGAUGAAGUAUUCUUCUAUUUGGACCAUAAUCCUCCAUCGGAGGAUCAAGUCUACCAGAAACCGGAGCAUUCGAUCACGAAAUCGUCCGAGAGAAACUUGAAGCACCUGGCCGCAUCGUGCUCCCGUCUCGCAUUCUUGAUCCGCCCGCGUCUCUUCGUCCAUGCACGCCUCGGCCUCCACGAAAAUCUGGAUGGCUUCUGCAAAUUUUUCAUCCGAUGGGAGCUAGGCCCGCGUGUCAAAUCUGUCGUGAUAUCCCUCCCCACUGACUACGUGGUUCAACCGCACACUUGUAUCCAACUAGCACGAGUUUUCAACAUUCUGGACCCCCAUCGGAUCACGAUACUUGCCCCACCUCGGGUCAUUGGUGAACUUCUCGACACCACAAUCGAUGAGAAAGAUGGCUGGGCGUUUGAAAUUCGCCUCCAGAUCUUGCAAUUGACACAAGACAAGCAUGGCGACCCUUCUGCCUACCACACCUCCCGUACGAACAGCCCCACCAUGAUUCUCGGUGUCCGGCCGUGGACUGCUUUCUAUUUCAACGAGGGCUCCUCUUUGAAAGCAUACAACCACUACGAAUAUUAUUUAUCACAGGUCCCCUCGGUGCUGGGGCAGUGGGGAAAGGAAUUCCUACGCGUGCCGCCAACCCCCAAGCUCAGUACAUCUCUCCAGGGACUGCGGGAAUUGACGUACAUCGCAGUGCUUCCGUUCUAUAAUCAUGUAGAUCACAUAUGUGCUGUGAUGCAACGCAUGCCGCAGCUUCGCGUGGUGACCGUGCAACUGGCCCCGGGGCACAAUGACCGGGCCACAGAGCUUGAGCAGCGUGGCUCCAUGGAUCAGAAUGACCCGUGGAUGGAGCUGGAAUCCUCUUAUUCAAUCAUUGGCUUUCAAGUCCGCACAGUGCCCUCAGUGACGGAGUUUUGUAGUCGUGAUUAUCAUAUAGAGGCAGUGCGAUCGCAACUCACAAGGACCUUGGACGAGGGAUUUCGCAACAACUGGACACACGAUGGAGAAGGAACUUGGCGACGCCACAGAAUGGAGUGA